AAGGACUUCAGUUCAGAGAAUGUAUUGAGCUGCCAGUUCCUGUGUGCUCAGUCCAGCUCUGCAAAACUUUGGGGCUCUUGUACCUUAAAUUCCUUUACUUUGCUGCUGGAUUGGCUCUUCACCUUGGCAUGGUCCCCUCAUUGAUGACAAUGAAGUUCCCUCUGGUUUUGCUCUGGUCCUCCAGCCUGUUGGGAUUUACCUGUAGCACCGGCUUCAUGUACCAAUUCCCAGCAUCCACUCUGCAACACAACUAUCCUGAUCAAAAUGCAGCAUCUGCAAGUACCAGUUACACAAAUCGCAGGAAUUGGUGUCAAUUCACAGCAACUAAAACAGUUACUUGCCAAGUACAGAAUGGAUCAGAGACGGUGGUCCAGAGAGUUUAUCAGAGUUGCAGAUGGCCAGGCCCAUGCAAUAAUCUUGUCAGUUAUAGGACUCUUCUGAGACCUGUGUAUAAAAUGUCGUAUCGUACUGUCACCACAAUGGAGUGGAGAUGCUGCCCGGGGUUUACUGGAAGUAACUGUGAAGAAGAAUGUAUGAAUUGCACAAGACUGGCAGCAAUAGCAGAAAGGAUAAGCCAUCUUGAAGCAAAGAUCAUCACACUACAAUCAUCUGAGAAAGUAUCCGAGAAUGAUCUGCCAAUCACAAGAGGCACAGCUGUGUGGAAUACGCACUUCCUGCCCGAUGCCAUUCCGCUGCUGAGCCCUGGAGGAAUAUUCAGAAAGUCAGUAAAAUCUCCACCAGGUUCCAAGGGAGAUAGUGAAGAAAAGAAGGCACGAGGCUUACCAGGAAUGCCAGGACCACCUGGACCCAUUGGUUUACCUGGGUCAAAAGGAGAUCGUGGAGAAUUGGGAAAAGCCGGACCAGUUGGCCCUCCUGGACCUUUAGGACCUAUAGGACCUCCAGGUCCAAGAGGAGCUCCUGGAACAACUGGAAUUCCAGGACCACCUGGGCCUCCGGGGCCCCCUGGACCACCCACCAUACCAAUCUCAGUUCCAGAGGGUGUUUUAUAUUCUUUACAGCCUAAUACAGGCAAAGAAAAUGGAGAUUCACAUAUAGUAUCGACUAUCACAGACACAAUAAUGUCUGGACUUCCAGGACCUCGUGGACCACCAGGACCUAUUGGACCACCUGGCAUUUCAGGACCUAGAGGACCAGCUGGGCCAAUGGGUAUUCCAGGACCUCAGGGUAAACCAGGACUUCCAGGUCAGCAUGGAGCAAAUGGCCAGAAAGGAGAACAAGGAAACAGGGGUGAAUCAGGGCUAAGAGGAGAGCAAGGACCUAAAGGUCCUCCUGGGGAACCUGGCAUGAAAGGAGAAAAAGGGCAUAAAGGAGAAGAUAGUGAAGCUGUGCAGCAACUUAGAGAAGCUCUGAAAAUUUUAGCAGAACGAGUGUUAAUUUUGGAGCAUAUGAUAGGAAUACAUGACACACUAGCCUUCGGAGAGGCAGGUUCCGGCCAGGACAAUUCAGGCUCUGUUAACUCUAGAAAUACAAAACUGAAACAUGAACAGCAACAAAGAUACCAAACCCUUGAUAUCUUUUCAUCACUGCUGGACGACAGUGAAACAAGUCAGGAUUGAUAAUAUGGACCUUAUGCGUUGUUGCGAAUUUGUAAAAAUACAGCCUACAGAUUAAAGCCAAACAAUAUUUUUUUGCAUAAAGAUGAAUUGCAAGAGCCUUUAAGACGUUUGGUUUUGUCAGUGCAAGAAAUUAUAAUUGGAACUUAAUGCCUUAAUUUACUGUACCAUUCUUAACUACAGUCAAUUCAAUGUGUUUAUUUUGUCAACAUUAUAUAGGCUUAUUCAGUAAGACAACACAGGGAGCUAUAGUGCAGUGCAACAUGCAGUAUACUGUAGCAACCACUGAUAUGUCAUCUCCUAAUAGACUUCACCAGAGAACUGAAAAUGUAUUGGUUGCAUAGUGUUACUGCACCAUGAACAUCAUGAAUGCUCUUUGUGCAGCCUUACUGAUCUCAGGAAUUUAGUAUGUUGUACACCAGUACAUUGCAACUGAAAAUAUGUGCCUAUUAAUAUAUUAAAUUCUAAUUUCUUCUUAAUUACCCCAUUCAAUUCUAAAUUUCUAUAUGCCAAAAACAUACUCAUUAUAAGUCAGUUUCUACAAAUAACUAACAAGAAAAUGAACUUGCUCAAUUAUGCAUAUAACUCAAACGGACUUGCUGUAGUUUAUCUUAAUUAUAUCCAAUACAGUAAACGACUAUCUUAUGUGGCCUUCUGAUUUAUGAACAUCAGGAAUUUCAGUUAAAAGAUCAGAAUUUGGCCACCAUAUAACUGGCAUGAAUUAAACUAGUUUCCAUUAAAGCAUUUGUAUGUGUA